GUUAUUAUCAACAGAUAUGAGCGAACUGACUGAGGAUAAACACACUCGGCAUGAACUCAUGCAUGAUGCAAAAAUAUAUUCGAUUAUAAGACACUCACUGAAAAGAUUCAGUGCUCACCUGGUCACACAGCGCAGCUCUUGUGCUUUGUUUGUAAUCCGGCGGGUGACGUCACGCGCCUCGGCCCCGCCCCCGGAGCGCGUGCGCGAGCAGGUAGACAGACGCUCGACAGGUGCGUCUCACAGCUCCUGAGCGCUCCAGGAAUCAGUUUGUGACGAUGGGUCGGAAGGAGAUCGACUGCAGCUGGAAGAAAAUCACCAGCAACAUCAAGGACAUAUUCGACUUCAAGGAAGUUCUGGGCUCGGGCUCGUUUUCUGAGGUCUACCUGGUGAGAGAGAGAAAGACCGGGAAUUUCUAUGCCCUGAAGUGUGUGAAGAAAAAACAGCUGCACCACUCGAACCUCGAGAACGAGAUCAAAGUGCUGAAGAGGAUAAAGCAUGAUAAUGUGGUGGGACUGGAAGAUUUCUACGAAACGAGGACGCACUAUUACCUGGUCAUGGAGCUGGUGUCGGGCGGAGAGCUCUUCGACCGUAUUCUGGAUCGAGGUGUUUACACAGAAAAAGAUGCCAGCCGUGUGAUCAAACAGGUCCUGGAGGCCGUUUCCUACCUGCAUCAGAACAGCAUCGUCCACAGAGACCUGAAGCCUGAGAACCUGCUGUACUACAGUCCAGAUGAGAACGCCAAGAUCAUGAUCACUGACUUUGGCCUGUCCAAGAUGGCUGAUCACGGCGUGAUGUCCACAGCCUGUGGAACACCAGGAUAUGUUGCUCCAGAGGUUCUGGCUCAGAAACCGUACAGUAAAGCUGUGGACUGCUGGUCUAUCGGUGUCAUAACCUACAUCUUGUUGAGCGGCUACCCACCGUUUUAUGAGGAGAACGAAACACGCCUCUUCUCCAAAAUCAUGAAGGCAGAAUACGCCUUCCACUCUCCGUACUGGGACGCCAUUUCUGAGUCAGCGAAGGACUUCGUCAGGCACAUGCUGGAGAAAAACCCUAAUAAACGCUUCACCACUGAACAAGCGCUCAGUCAUGCAUGGAUCAUUGGAGACACGGCGCACAAUAACAACAUCAUUCAGUCCGUCGGUGAACAGAUUCAGAAAACCUUUGCCAAAUCCAAGUGGAAGCGAGUCAUUAAUGCGACGGUGGUGGUCAGUCACAUGCGGCGUCUGCAGCUGGCCCACGCUGACCCUCCGGCCCCCGCUCCACUGAUCCAGGUGCUGGACGUCUCGUCCCCCGGCCCGCCCUCGGAUGAGCUGGACACCAAUGGGAACCCCUCGUGCAGUCACAUGACCCUGUCACCUCAAGCUGAUGUCAGCAGGGGCCGGGGCCCGCUCAAGGCCUGUAACAGUGAGCCGAUGCACGCGCUGGUCAUCUGUGAGACGGGGCAACACGUGUACUGCUCCGAGUCCGAACUGCCCAGCGCCGCCAACAGAUCAGACAGAGUGACGUGUUGCACAGAUGAGCGGGGCCAGUCACUGCAGACCGGGGUUUGCUCUGUGAUGUGAUGGGCUGAUUGACAGCUGUCAGUCAAAUGAAAUCCUGCGCUCGUAGGAUGAUCAAGUGUGUGUUCUUCAUGGACGUUUCGGGGUCGGCCGCACGUCGGAUCCACACGAGUGCCAAUCGCACACAUAUCUGCAUCUCAGAUCUUCAUCUCUCACUAGUGAAAGUGUUACUUCUGUCAUUUCAAGCAGAUUGAGAAUGUCAUUUCUCUCAGGAAUUCAGGACAAGACAGGUUUAUUGUAUUAUUUUACGUAUAUACAUGUACGAUAGUUGCAUUUGGGCCGAUGCCAGUGCAUCAUGGGAAGGGCCACUGUGCCACUGUUUUACUGCGAGCGGCGGCGGGUUUGAGUGUUUUUAAUUUAAGAAAUCUUAUUUUCUUAUUUCAAACUCAUGCUCACUGUUGUAUUCAUAAUAUUUAUGUCUGAUAAAUGCAUAUAAGAUGAUUUUAUGUGUUAUUUAGGGGCUUAUUAAGUCGGUAUCAGCACAGAGCCCUGCUGUACCCCAUAAACACGCUGCUCUAUGUCUGUAUUUAAAUAUAUAAAAUAAAGCUAUUUACACACCA